AUGUUUCUUGUGGUACCAGCUGAGUCGCUUGCUCUGGAAACCGCCUUUGAUGACCACGACGCUAUUGUUAAGCAGUUCCCAGGAAUCUCCUUCGAAAGCCCUUCUGACAACAAGUCUCGAAAGCACAAGCUCAUGAGAAUGUCGUUUGUUAUGGAGUCUAUGAGAAGCCAUGUGAUAAUGCCACAGUACAAACGCCAGGCAAACGCGAAAGGUCAGCAGAUGGCGCUGCUGCGCAAGCUCAGGAGCCUUUCUGAGUCGGACAAGUUUCAGCUUGUUGCAAACUACGACGAAGCAACCUCGACUGCGAUUCAGAAUGUGUGCAAGACCCUAUCUCAAACAGCAAUCACUUCUUCAGUAAUCCUCGAAGAGUUGUACUCCAGCAAACAAUCCGGCUGUAUAGACGAGUGGGUAAAGCAGGGUUGGUGUGCACCGAAUUCGACCAACUUAGACGUGGUCGGCAAUCCUAAGGACUUCGAGACUAUGAACGUACCACAAGAUACGCCUGCACCUCCGCAGUACGAAUCACGAGCACCCAGCUUCGAGGAGCUGUUUAGCUCACGGAGCAAGAACUGUAUCGGAUUGCAAGCAAGUCUAGGACUGGCUGGAGAUCAUUCGUUGCAGACCUCGCCAUAUCUUCCAUCCACCGCGCCACCUUAUUCCACUUGUGCCGAACUCGACUCAAACCCCUAUGAGACCACAUACCAACAUGCCAGCGCAGUCACGCCCGAUAGUCAUGGAACUCCUGGUCAUGCAAUGGUCACGCACUCUGAUUACGCCGAGAUAUUCUCUAUCCCACCCUCGGAGGAUCCCUUAACGCCAAUGCCAACGUCUUCUGACUACAUUGGCACAUUUCUGUCCGGAUUUUCGAGCUGUCCGAACAGCGCACCAGUCGUUCCACUGGGUCAUGGUGAAUCGAAAAGCUCCAUCGACCGCUCUGCUCAAGAAAGGACCCGUAGCUCAUCUCGAAUGUCAAGCAAGGGCUCAUCCGCACGUGUGCAGAUACCUGCGACCAGCCCUAGGGGACGUAGUCAGCCCGAUUCCAGACUCGCUAACAAGAAAACGCCGGCUAUCGCAAUCUCGAAGCAACGAGAUGGCGAGGCCCGCCACUCGGCCGUUCUCUACGGAUGGAGUCCUUGGUUCUUGUUCCCUCACAAUGCAUGA